CCAUAACACACUUUUCCGCCAUGGCAUCCCAACUUGCAACGCUCUACAAAGAAUUACAGCGUGCGUUCGAUUCGAAGCCGUCAGACCUCAAGAAGUGCGGAACUCUGCUAUCUCAGCUUAAGAUCGGUCUUAUAGAAGCAGGACUUCUCCUCCCUCAGGGAGACCCUAAUCCUCAGGACUUGGCCGUUGCUCGUGAUAUCCUCGAAAUCGGGGCAUUCUGGAGUAUACGAGCCAAGGAUGUCCCGUCAUUUGACCGUUACUUCUCUCAACUGUGGACGUUCUAUACCGACUAUAGAUCCGUACUCCCUCCCUCAAAACGCGAGUUUCCCGUGCGCGGCUUGAACCUCAUUCGUCUGCUCACUCAAAACCGCAUCGCCGACUUCCAUACCACUCUUGAAUCACUUCCUUUGCCGUCCGACGAAAUAAACUCAAACCCUUACAUCAGACAUCCCGUGAACCUCGAGCGUUGGUUGAUGGAGGGAAGCUACAGCAAGGUGUGGAAUGCUCGCGAAGAGGCACCCACCGAGGAGUACAAGUACUUCAUCGACAGUCUGAUGGGCACAAUUCGGAAUGAGAUUGCUCGCUGCGAAGAAGCUGCCUAUGAGACUUUGCCCCUGAAGGAUGCCGCCACUCUCUUGUUCUUUACCUCACAAUCCGAACUUCUAAGGUUCGCUGAGCAGCGGGGAUGGGAGAUCAACCUGACCGCAGGGACAAUCUCUUUCGCCCGCAAGACGAACGAGCAGGAAGCGAUACCCAAAGACAAACUCAUCGUAGCCAAUCUCUUGUACGCUCGUGAGCUAGAGCAGAUUGUUUGAUUGUUGUUACACAAGGGCACUUGUCAUCAUUUGCCCAGGAUUAUAGCGCAAUGCAAGUGUACAUAUCCAGACAUGUUUCAUUAAUGGCAUUACUCGAAGUUU